AUGUUGCCUGCCUUCCUCGCGCAGCUCGUUGUGGUAGUCGUCACCAUUCAGACCCUGGAGUUCCUGCUUAAGCCCUUACGGCAGCCGAGAAUUGUGGCCGAAAUCCUCAGCGGUGUUUUGUUGGGGCCGUCGGUUCUGGGGUUCUUCUUCCCGAAUAUAUACGAGCUGCCUCCGGACCAGAACUACGUUAUUGUGGGCACGGCGGCGAGCUUCGCGCUCCUCUAUUUCGUCUUCAUGGUGGGCCUGGAGUUGGACGUGAAGGCAAUCCGGGCGCUGGGGAAGAAGGUGCUGACCCUCGCGGUGGUGGGCAUGGCAGUCCCCUUCGCCGUCAGCUCCGCGGGAAUCUACUUGCUGGGCCUCCAGUCCAGCCUCUCCAGGAAGAUGGUCAAGCCGCUCGUCUUUCACAUCUUCGUCGGCGUCACCGUCUCCAUCAGCGGCUUCCCCGUCCUCGCCCGCAUGAUCACCGAGCUCAAGCUCCUCAACACCGGGGUCGGCCCCGUCGCCAUGGCCUCCUCCAUCAUCAACAGCAUGCUUUCCUUCACCCUGCUCGGCGUCGCCAUGGCCUCCGGCGUGCGCUACGGGGAGGAGGCAUCGAUGGCGGCGGCGGUGUAUGUGAUGCUCUCGGGCGCCGCCUUCGUCGCCGGGUGCUUCUUCGUGGUCCGACCGGCCGUCAAGUGGAUGGUGCGGCGCAAGCCAGAGGUGGGCGAGCGGGUGAGCGACGUCGAGAUCAGCAUCAUCCUCGGGGGCGCGGCCGCCGCCGGCUUCAUCUCGGACGUGAUCGGGAUGAACUGGGUCUUCGGCGCCUUCGUGUACGGGCUGGCGAUACCCAACGGCCCGCUCGCCACGGCGCUGAUCCAGCGGAUGGAGCUCUUCAUGGUGCACAUGAUGCUGCCCCUCUUCUUCUUCUACGGCGGCUUGCGCGCCGACCUGCACACGCUCGUAUCGCCCACGGCCUCCGCCCAGCUCGCCGGUGUCUUCAUCCUCACCGUCGCCGCCAAGGUGGCCGGCACCAUGCUCGCCGCCCACCGCUACUCCAUCCCUCUCAACGAAAGCCUCACGCUUGGCUUCCUCGCCACCGCCAAGGGCCCCCUCGAAAUGAUCAUCCUCAAAGUCGGAAUGGACGAGAAAGUCGUUACUAGUGAUUUCUUCACGGUGAUGACCAUAGCUUCGGCCCUGUCUACGGCGGUGGUGGCGCCGGUGGUGACGUUGACGUACAAGCCGUCGCGGCCUCUGAUAGGGCACAGGCGCCGGCAGCUCGAGCGGUCGAGGCCGGACGCCGAGCUCCGGAUGCUGGCCUGCGUCCACAACACCCGCAACGUGCACUCCAUCACCAGGCUGCUGGACUUCUCCAACCCCACCAAGCGCUCCCCCAUCUUCGUCUGCGCCCUCCACCUCGUCGAGCUCACCGGCCGCGCCUCCGCCAUGCUCAUCAUGCACAACACCAGCGGCGACUCCUCCAAUAACAGCGGCCAAAAUCGGGGCAACAAGAACCUCCCCUACGGCCAGGCCCAGUCCGAGAGCAUCAUCGCCGCUUUCGAGAGCUACGAGCAGCACGCAGCCGGCGUCUCCAUCCAGCCCCUCACCGCCUUCUCCUCGCCCAACACCAUGCACGAGGACGUGUGCACCCUCGCCGAGGAGCGCCACUCCUCCCUCAUCGUCCUCCCCUUCCACAGGCACCAGACGGCCGACGGCGAGCUGGCGGAAGGCAACACCAACAUCCGCACCGUCAAUCUCAACGUCCUGGUCAACCCCCCCUGCUCCGUCGCCGUCUUCGUCGACCGCCUGCCCGGCGGCGGCAAAAGGUUCCGCGCGCACCACAGCGUCGUCGUCCUCUUCUUCGGCGGACCCGACGACCGCGAGGCCCUCGCGUACGCUGCCCGAAUGGCGGAGCAUCGGGCCGUCAGCCUCACCGUGGUGCGCUUCGUCGAGGUCGCCAGGUCCGUUCCGGACACCCCGCUGCAUGGCUCUUCCGAAGCGCAGGAGUCGGCCGAUCGGGACCUGCAUAGGAUUAGGGACGAGGAGGUGCUCAACGAGUUCCGGCUCAGAUUCGUGAGCGACGAGACGGUGCUGUACACGGAGAAGGUGGCGAGCAACAGCGAGGAGACAGUGGCGGCGCUCCGGUCGAUGGAGAGCGUCUACGACCUGUACGUGGUGGGGAGGGGGCACCGGGAGGCGUCGCGGCUCACGGCGGGGCUGGAGGAGUGGGCCGAGUGCCCGGAGCUGGGGCCUAUCGGCGACCUGCUGGUCUCGCCGGACUUCGGGACGAGGGUCUCGGUGCUGGUGGUGCAGCAGUACGCCGGGAAAGGGACCGCCGGUGACGCCGCCGGGGCCGCGCCGGGGGUGUUUUGAAGUCCUUAGCAGCAUGUGUGCAGAUGGUGCAUGGAUACUCGAUCAUUUGCCGAACCCGAUUGCUGUCCAUCGAAUCGCUUGCUUCUUUGUGCUGCUGCUGUAUCGCUCGAUUUCGAGUGGAAAAAUCUGAAACAUUGCUGAAACUCGAGCAUCAUUGUCAUCAAUGGAAAGUCUUGAGAAUCUUAUAGAUCAAAUUCUAAAAUUUGUAAAAAAUUUUGUCCUUUGGUCAAGGGAUAAGCUCCAUCUAUAUUUUUUCGCAAAGUGGACUACAGAUACAUUUGCCACAUAUAAUGCAUUUGUAAAGAGAAGGGCAAAGGUAUCCCAAAAUACUCAAAA